AACGCGACGGUAACGAAGAAUGAAAAUUGAAUGCUGUCACAUGGAUCCGAAAAUUAAGGCAAACUUACCUUGUCUUGCCUCGUUAUCUAAACUGGCUGUGUGGUUGAUAUGAUCCACACCACUUUCUCGCCUACACUUUUUUUCCCUGCUUCUCUCUAUUUCUGUGGUGGGAACGCCUUUGUUCCAUAUUUAUUUCAUUUCGUCUCAUGUCUUUUCUCAAAGCGGCUGUUGCUUCCAGCAUUUCAUCUUGCGGACCGUUUUGCUCCCGUGGUUUUCGAUUCAUUUUAUGAUUCUCCCAGAUACCGGCAAUGGCUCGAUUGCACUGUGGCUCAUAGCGAAAUGAUAAUUGCAUAAUGGUUCUAGUAUUUAUCUGCGUGAUCAAGUAAAGUAUGACUUGACAGCCCCGGUUGUUAAUAGGUAGCGACUGGGGUCAUGUGACA